AUGAACGUGCUCGCUGAAGGCGUGACUUUGGACGAGUGUGAACUUCGCACCGACAAGUUUAACGUUCAUGCUUUAUGGGAAUGGACAAAUUAUAAAGUCUCGGUUUAUGAACUUCCAUUAGAGCCACACGAAACUUGUAUUGGCGCGAUUUUAAGUGAAUUUCAUGAAUGCUGUAGAGAGGUUAACUAUACUGAUGCCAGUAUAAUAAACUUAGGUGCAACUCGAACUCGUGUUGAUCGUUCUGGAAAAGGGGCUGACGCAUCAUUUCGUCCAAUGAAACCAAGAGUGCCUGCACCAACCGGAAGUGAUGGAAAUAGAAAAUCAUGGCCAAAUAUUAUUGUGGAAGUCGCAUAUAUUGAAAGUAUAGAAUACGUAUUCGAUAAGGUCAGAAAUUACUGGCUAAAGGAUCUUAGUCGCGCACAUGACGCGAUAGUUGUUAAAAUCGAUCCGAUUUCUGACCUUCACGCAUGCAAAAGAACACGAAAUGGACCAAUUCAACACCGAACUCAUUUUGAGUUUGGCACUCAUGAUGGUGCCGGGGAUCCGUUGAAUAUUUUGCAGGGUACAUGCCUCAUCAAAAUUGAUUUGGAUUGUCUCUACCAUCAAGCACAUCCUGAUGUCCGAAUUCCACGAACUAUUCUUCCCGAUUCCAUUGUACUGGAUUUCUUCUUUGUCAGAGAUGAAAUUCUCUGUGCAUAUAGAGUUUAA